AUGGCUGUCAUUGAGGUUGGCGAGUCUCAGGUGAUGGAGAACAGCGAAGGCGCUCGCGUCACACCGUCGGUGGUUGCAGUGCAUCAUAGCACUGAGCGCCAGUCCGUCACCAAUCCGGAGAACACCGUGUUCUCCAUCAAGCGCCUGAUGGGGCGCAGGUUCGAAGACGCGGAGGUGCAGAGCGCCAUCAAGCGGCUUCCGUACAAGGUGGUCAAGGCCGCCAACGGCGACAGCCACGUGGUUAUGGCCGACAAGACCUACUCGCCGCCGGAGGUUUCGGCAAUGAUCCUGCAAAAGCUGAAGCAGGCUGUCAUCACAGUCCCAGCCUAUUUCAACGAUACCCAGAGGCAGGCCACCAAGGACGCCGGGCGGAUUGCUGGUCUGGAGGUGCUUCGCGCCACCAACGGCGACACCUUCCUGGGCGGCGACGACUUCGACGCCACCGGCCCCAAGCAUCUAUCCAUGAACCUCAGCCGCUCCAAGCUGGAGCAGCUGGUGGGCGACCUGAUAGACCGCACCACGACCCCCUGCCGCCAGGCUAUCUCGGAUGCAGGCAUUACCGCUGACCAGAUAGACGAGAUUGUCAUGGUGGGCGGCAUGACCCGUAUGCCGGCGGUGGCCGAGAAGGUGAAGGAGAUCUUCGGCAAGGAGCCUCACAAGAGCGAGACCUUCACCACGGCCGCCGACGGGCAGACCAGCGUGGAGAGGCCAAUGGCGGCGGACAACAAGUCCAUUGGGAGAUUUAUCCUGGACGGCGUACUCCCGGCGCCCAGAGGAAUCCCGCAGAUCGACGUUAGCUUUGACAUAGACGCCAACGGCAUCCUCAACGUGUCCGCCAAGGACAAGGCGACGGGCCGGGAGCAGCGAAUCACCAUCACCGCCAGCUCCGUGGAGGAGGCGUCGCGGAACGCCGAUGAGGACCGUCGGCAGCGCGAGUGGGUGGAAACCCGCAAUAUGGCGGACAGCGCGGCGUAUAACGCUGAGAAGCUGCUCAGGGAGCAGGGAGAGAACGUGCCUGCAGACCUGAAGGAGGAGCUGGAGAGCAAGAUAGCCCUGUUGAGAGAGGCCCUUCAGGCCGAGGACAUGGCUCUGGUGAGCCAGCGUUUGCAGGAGCUGCAGACCUCUCUCCAGAAGGUGGGCACGGCGGUUUACAGCCAGCAGGGCGGGCCGUCGGCUCCUCCGCCGGGCGAAGACGGGGCCCGGACGUACCGCCUGAGGGCACCGUCGAAGGCGAGUACCGAGAGGUAUAGAAACACAGGGGAGCCGCAUCGCCAAUUGCGAUGA